UUGAUUGCGCAGUCAAAUUCUCGCACACUUAAAGUUGCAGUCGACAUUUGUAUAAAAGAAUGUUAAGCUUCAACAUAACUUUACCUCGGAAUUUGGGCGCUAGGACCAGCGGGAAUCCAAGUUAACAAGAAGUUGUUAUCGCGAGGAAGAUUUGACAAAACGAGUGGCCCGAGAUUGUCACUUACACGCAGCCAUGUUGCUCAAUAAACUGACUCAACAGUUUGGACACCCCACACAGUCAUUAAUUGGCUGGCUGGUGAAAAGAUUUCUGGAGAAGAAAAACUGGGUCUUAGAGGCGAAUGCAGCGAAGCUGGCACAGAUCCAGCCCAAUAACACAGUCUUGGAAGUGGGCUUUGGACCCGGUUUGGGGCUCCAGGAAGCUCUCCGUUACCUGACUGACUCUAAUGGUAAGCUAUAUGGACUUGACUACUCUGAAUACAUGUACAAAACAGCCACUAAGCGACUCCAGGAGCAGAUAGCUUCAGGAAAAGUACAGCUUAUACUGGGCAGCGUGGAGGACAUCCCACUACCAGACUCCAGUGUGGACAGAGUGUUUCACUGCAAUUGUUACUACUUCUGGCCAGACCUCAAGCAGUGUUCUGCGGAACUGCACAGAGUGAUGAAAUCAGAAGGACUUAUGGUUGCCACCAUCAACUUGGAUUCUAUCAAAAAGAAUGUUUCCAAGGGAUUGCUGCAAGGAAAAACAUGGCAACCUGAACUCUACAUGGAUGCUCUACAGGCCACUGGCUUCAAAGAUGUUCACAUAAAGGACAUGGAACAUAGAAACUUCAAGUAUAAGGCCAUUUUUGCUACUGCAUUCAAAUAAGAGUUCAAGGCGGAUAUUGCAAACUGAGCCCAACAUAAGUGCUUCAGGAUUUGUUUUUAUUUUUUUUCUUGCUUUUUUGAAUGAACUGGCAAAUUCAAAAUCAUUUCCUGAUAGAUUUUAUUUAUUCUAUUUGUGUAAUUCUCUGAACUAAAAACAAGUACAUUAUUGCUUGAGGAUGGGAACUGAGACAUUUAUUACAAUAACUCUAAUGUUAUAAGCAAAGAGAUAAUUAACAUGAGUAUUUAAAAGAAAAUAUACAGAAAUCUUUAAUUUAUUAACCAUUUAUUAACCAUUAUUAACCCCACAUUAUCAAGGUCAGGGUCACGGAUAAUGGUAACACCAGUUAUGAAAAUAUUCUGUUUUUUUGUAAAUCAAGAUCUGCAAAAUUUCAGGUUUUGUUUUUUUGUUUUUCUUUUUUAACUAUGCCAAAGCAAAUGCUGAUUGACUCUGGGCGGCUCACUGUACAGUUCAUCAUUCUGAU